CCUAGUUGGAGUAAAGAUUUAUCCCGAUUGGUCAAUCAAACGCUUUCAGAAUUUACAGCGUGAAGAUGAACAUACAACAGUUUUGUUCCGAUAUUCACUGCCAGUAUUAUAAAUCUAUAGUAUACGUGACGUAAACUAUAUCGGAGUGCAGCCACAGUCACAUGUUCAAGUUAUAUAAAGAUACACAGAUUUGAAGGUUAAUUACGAUGAUAUAUUAUACAAACUAUCACGUGGAAAGAUGAAGAAAAGAUUUGAUAAUCUUGCUAGUGAUAAGCAGAAAUGGUACGAAGAAUAUCAGAAGACAGAAAAACCUUGCAAACAUUCCGUAUCGGAAAUCGAUGUAUUACGUUUGAAAGAUGAGGGAAAAAAAUAUUUGGAAGCGGAGACUGCCACUUUUCAAUUAAAACAAUCCAGGUCGCAUGACUCGGAAAUGAAGUGGUUGAGGACGGCGUUGCAGCAAGGUACUACUUCAGAUAAAAUAGCAGCCAGUAUAGUAUUGGUGCAAGAUAAUCCAAAAUAUAAUUUGGGUCGUCUGACAUCUUUGGUGUCCCAAGUGCGAGGAGCCAAACACAAUCAAUGUGGCAUGGUCAUUAUGUCUUUGAAGGAACUUUUUUUGUCUGAUCUGUUACAUCCUAAUUUUAAAUUAUUGAAAUUAGAAGAACAAGAUCUAGAUAAGCUUAAUAUAGGAAAUGAAUCAGACUCCAUUAUCAAGACAAAUGCCUCUAGAAAUAGAUUGUUAGCGCAUUGGUAUUUUGAAGAUCAACUUCGUCAGCAAUAUGAAUGUUUUGUAUUAAAUUUAUCUGUGGUGGCUUCUGAUACAGUAGAUACUAAUCGUGAGAAAGCUAUAUCUGCGAUGACAGAUUUGUUAAUAGGUAAUGCUGAACAGGAACAGAAGCUGUUAGAACUGCUGGUAAAUAAAAUUGGCGAUCCACAAAGCAAAGUUGCAUCUAAAGCUGUAUUUUGCAUCAAUAAGUUAUUGUAUGAACAUCCAAAUAUGAAGUUUGUAAUUCUACGUGAGGUUGAGAAGUUGCUGUUUAGGAAGAAUGUGGCCCAGCGUACUCAAUAUUAUGCUAUAUGUCUAUUGACGCAAUUUGCUUUGGAUAAGAAUGAUGAUGUAAUAGCUGCUACACUGAUAGAAGUAUAUUUUGCAUUUUUCAAAGCAUGUCUGAAAAAAGGAGAACCUGAUAGUAGAAUGAUGGCAGCAAUUUUAAUGGGUGUUAAUAGAGCAUAUCCUUUUGCCAAAGUAGACUCAAAAGUAUUAAAUGAACACAUUGACUCUGUCUAUAAAGUAGUACAUCUUGGAUCAUUUAAUGUUUCUUUAAAUGCGCUUAAUUUGUUGUAUCAAAUUACAGGCAGAGACGAAUCUCAAGCAAACAGAUUUUAUUCAGCUUUUUAUAGAAAGUUAUUUGAUCGACAGAUAGGAAUAGCAAAUAAACGCGCGAUAUUCCUUAACUUAUUGUAUCGAGUUCUUCAGAGAGAUCAAAGCAUAAUACGUUUGUACGCUUUUAUUAAAAGAAUCUUGCAAAUUACAUUCUACUUUUCUGCAAAUAUGGCGUGCGCUAUACUGUAUAUCGUCUCAAAAAUUCUUCAAGGACGCAAAGAUCUAAAACAUAUGUUACUCGAAUCACAAAGAGCUAUUAAAAUUGAAAACGAUGUAUGUGAAAUAAACGACAGCCUAUCAGAUGUAGAAGAGGUUUGUGUAAUAGAUAAAACUAAAAAUGAAGAAAACUCCAUUAUGUUAUCGAAUAUCACAAUUGGUGCAGACAACACAUCGGAAACGAAGCUUGAUAUAAAGGAAGAAACAGAUAUCAAAGUUGACAUGCAAAAUAUAAAAACAUAUGAUCCUUUCUGUCGUAAUCCGCUCUAUGCGGGAGCAAUCAAAGGAUUUAAUACUGAGCUCGAAGCAUUGUCUAGACAUUUUCAUCCUAGUGUCGCUUUAUUUGCAAAUCAGAUUAUUCAAGGAGAAUCGAUUAAGUACACAGGCGAUCCACUAGAGGAUCUGACAUUGAUUCGAUUCUUAGAUCGAUAUGUUUUUAAAAAUCCAAAAAAACUGGAUGACAAAAAAGUGCAGAGAAAGAAUGAUCCCUUGGCACAACGCGCUGGAUACAUACCUAAAGGUAUACGCUCUCUGUCCGUCGAUAGCAUGGCAUAUCUCAAUGAGGCAGAGGAGCGAAUACCAGUGGACGAGUUAUUCCUUUAUCGAUAUCUGAAGAAGAAAAAUGAGAUAAAGCAUGGUAAACAAAAAGACGAGGAUAAUGAAGACGUAGAAAGUGUUAAUAGUGAGGAAUUCAAUGAUAUGCUGGAUCGUAUGGGCAGCGGUCAAGAUUUUGAUGACUUAGACAUUGCGGCAAAUAUCGUAUCAAAGAAGAAGAAAAAAGACAAAAUAGAUGAAGAUUUUGAUGAAAAUGAAGACGAUAAUGAUGAGGACAGUGAUGAUCAAUUUGAAGAUGAUGAUAUUACCGAUAAUGACGAUACAUCGGAAGAUCUUGAUAAAGACAAUAUCGCGGAUGACGAAUUACAAGAUUUAAGUAAUAUUGAUCUAGAGAUAGAUAAUAAUCUUGUAGACAUAGAUGAAGAUUUGAGCGAUAUGGAGUUUAACGAUUCUGAUGAUGGAGAGGUUUUAGAUGAUGAAUUAAUUUCCGAUUUGAAUAAAAAGUUGAAAAAUUCGAAAGGCAAAGGGAAGAAAAAGGGAAGAGGAAUCGACAGCGAUAUAUUCGUGUCGGCAGAGAAAUUUGCUGAGAUGUUGGAAGAACAAAGUAAAACGAGAGGAAAGCACGGCAGUAGUAACACUUUUAAUAGCAGCGAUGGUGCUAGCGUUAAACAAAUAGAUUGGGAAAUGAAACGAGACCAAUGGUUGAAAGGAUCAUUUAGUAAAAACAAGCGAAAAUCUGCCCAAUUUAAUAAUAAACAGGUUAAAAGAUCUAAACGAUAAAUAUAUAAUAAACACAUUUUAUAGAGAUAA